CAGUGCCGAGUGCUACAGACUCUCUUGAGUACACAUAGAACCGUCGUUUUUUAACUCACAAACGAGAGACGCGUCAGCGUCUAGCUGGAAUAUUUCAAAAAAAAAAAAAUCAUCUUGGUGUUUUUUUUUUAUUUUAUUUUAGUGUAAGAAUUUUUAUUUAAAAAAAAAAAAUUUUUUUUCUCAAAUCAUUUCUCAAUUUUUGAAAACGAAAAUUUUAUUGUGUGUCUAAAAGAAGAGAGAAAGAGAGGUGCGCUGGACCAACAGUGGGGCCCGUUCGACUAUAAGAUCGGACCCAACAACACCAGAUAAAUGAAGAUGACGUGGUAGCCAUUUUCCAGUGGAACUAAAACCCGCAGAACUCGGAACCAGUUCACAAUGGUUGGAGUUCGAAACUACUUUUUAAUAGGAAAUCUUAUUUUCCUCUUCACUAUUUUUGGCCCAGGUCUCGGGGAGCCACAAUAUGGACAACCAAAGCCACCAAUAAGAGGCAUUAAACCAAAGAGAAUUCAUCCCUGCGAACAGAGUUCCUGUUAUCCUGCGACAGGUAAUUUAUUAAUUGGAAGGACAGAUAAAUUAAAAGCAUCGUCGACAUGUGGUUCAAAUGGACCAGAGAGAUAUUGUAUUGUCUCACAUUUGAAGGAUAGAAAAAAAUGCUUUUUCUGCGAUGCAUCAUCACAAAAGAAACAACACAGUAUUGAAAAUAUCGUUAGUGGAGUACCACAUAGAACAUGGUGGCAAGCAGAAAAUGGAGUGGAAAAUGUAACAGUCACAUUUGAUUUGGAAGCAGAAUUUCAUUUUACACAUAUAAUUAUUCGCUUUCAAACAUUUCGACCAGCUGCAAUGUUAAUUGAAAGAUCUUAUGAUUCUGGUAAAACAUGGCAGGUUUAUCGAUAUUUUGCACACAAUUGCGAACAAUUUUUCCCCGGUAUACCAACACAUGCACCACAAAAAUUAACAGAUGUCAUAUGUGAAACGAGAUAUUCACACGUUGCACCAUCACAAAAUGGAGAUCUUAUUUUUAGAGUUCUGCCAUCAAAUUUAUUGAUCAGCAAUCCCUAUUCAAAGGAAGUGCAAAAUCUUCUAAAGAUAACAAAUUUGAGAAUAAAUUUCACAAAACUACAUACACUUGGCGAUGAUCUUUUAGAUAAUCGUGCGGAAAUUCGUGAAAAAUAUUAUUAUGCAAUCAACGAUAUGGUAAUAAGAGGAUCAUGCUCAUGCUAUGGUCAUGCAUCGAGAUGUCUACCAUUGCCUGGAGUGGCUAAUGAAGAGAAUAUGGUACAUGGAAGAUGUGAAUGUACACACAAUACAAAAGGAUUAAAUUGUGAAUUAUGCGAAGAUUUUUAUAAUGAUUUACCAUGGAAGCCAGCAGUUGGAAAACAAACAAAUGCAUGUCGUGAAUGUAAUUGUAAUAAUCACACAACAUCAUGUCAUUUUGAUCAAGCAGUUUAUGAAAGAUCGGGAAAAUUAUCAGGUGGUGUUUGUGAUAAUUGUCUACACAAUACGAGAGGACAAAAUUGCGAGCAAUGCUCACUUUAUUAUUAUCACGAUGAGAGUAAACAUAUUUCUGAUCCUUAUGCUUGUCAACCCUGCGAAUGCGAUCCUCGUGGAUCAUUGGACGAGGGAAUUUGUGAUUCACGAACUGAUAUUCUCAGCGGUGAAGAAUCAGGCAAAUGUCAUUGUAAAAUCAAUGUUCAAGGACGUAAUUGUAACGAGUGUAAAAAUGGCUUUUGGAAUUUUGACGAGAAAAAUCCCGAAGGAUGUCAAGCAUGUACUUGCCAUAUUCUUGGAACUGUCAACAAUGAGGGUUGUGAUGUUUUCACUGGUGAAUGUACUUGCAAACGACACGUGACAGGACGUGAUUGUAAUCAAUGUUUACCCGAGUAUUAUGGUCUAUCGGAUGAUGCUGAUGGUUGUAAACCAUGUGAUUGUGAUCCCGGUGGUGCAUUGGAGAAUUCCUGUGAUGUUGUCACUGGACAAUGUCGUUGUCGACCACACGUCACUGGACGAACGUGCAAUCAACCCGAACAAAGUUAUUACACGGGUUAUCUUGAUCUUUUGACCUAUGAGGGAGAGCUGGCAAGAGGAACUGACAAUUGCCAAGUAGUGAUCAGAGAGCCGUACAGAGAUGGAAGGAACAACACAUGGACGGGAAUUGGAUUCAUGAAAGCCCUGGAGGGAUCGACGUUGAAUUUCACUAUUGAUGAUAUAUAUAGAUCAAUGUGGUAUGAUAUUAUAGUGAGAUAUGAGCCAGUGCAAGCUGGUACGUGGGAAGAUGUGCAAAUUGUCAUUGAACGGAACGAACCAGUUGAUCCUAAUGGUCCCUGUGCUGAAUGGAAGCCAGAUGAUGAUCGUUUGUGGACCCAAUUGCCAGCAAACGCUAGAAGUGCUGUUGCAAUUCCUUCAGUUUGUUUGGAAGCUGGAAAACAAUACUCUAUUCUGUUGACCUUGAGGAAAUUCAAUGGUCCCGCUGAUACACCAUCGGCUUCGAUUCUUGUUGAUUCAAUUGUACUGAGGCCAAAGAUAGAUUUUAUUCCAAUCUUCACUGAUCCAGGUGUGGGAGAACUGCGACGCCAUGAAUAUGAUGGUUACAGAUGUAGCGAGUACUUCAACAACGUUGGUUAUAAUCAUGAUGCACCAGAAAAGUGUAACAAGUACUACAACAGCAUCGGUUACUACGUUUAUGAUGGUGCUCAUUUAUGUGAAUGUAAUCCAACUGGAUCGCACAGUGCCUUUUGUGACAAUUACGGUGGGAAUUGUCACUGUAAACAAAAUGUUGUUGGCAGACGUUGUGAUCGUUGUGCUCCAGGAACAUAUGGAUUUGGUCCACAAGGAUGUAUUUCAUGUGAUUGUGAUGGUGUUGGUGCUUUGGAUAAUUUUUGCGAUGUUGAAACUGGUCGUUGUAAAUGUCGACCAAACACAUAUUCACGAACUUGUGGGCAGUGUGAACCUGGAUUUUGGAAUUUCCCCCAUUGUCAACGAUGUGAAUGCAAUGGACACGCCGACAGUUGUGAUUCACAAACGGGAGCUUGUUUAAAUUGUCGAGAUUCAACAACUGGCCACAAUUGUGAUCGAUGCAUUGCCACUUUCUAUGGUGAUCCAAGAAUUGGAGUUGAUAUUCCAUGUCGAGCUUGUCCCUGUCCAGGAACUUUGGAUUCUGGUCACUCGUAUGCAGACAGUUGUUCUCUUGAUCCAGUGACUCAUGAUGUGAUUUGUGAAUGUCGUGAAGGUUAUUCGGGACCAAGAUGUGAUAGUUGUGCUGAGAAUUAUUUUGGCAAUCCAGAAGUGGCAGGUGGAAGUUGCACGUCCUGUGACUGUAGUAAUAAUACCGAUUUGUAUAGGCCGGGAAAUUGUGAUCCUCAUACAGGACGUUGUCUACAGUGUCUCUAUCAUACGUCUGGACCAAAUUGUCAAAUUUGCCAACCAGAUUACUUUGGCAAUGCUCUGCUGAAGGAUUGUCAGCAAUGCAAAUGUGAUGUUCUUGGUACUGAUCGAUCAGCUGGAUCUUGUGAUCAUCGAACUGGACAGUGUCCCUGUUUGCCACAUGUGAUGGGUCAACUUUGUGAUUCCUGCGAAGAAAAUCAUUGGAGAAUAGCCAGUGGACAAGGUUGUGAUCCUUGUGAGUGUGAUGCCAUUGGAAGUAUAUCCGACAGAUGCAAUCCCUUUGAUGGAACAUGUGAGUGUCGUCCCGGCUUUGGUGGCAGAAGAUGCAACGAAUGUCAAGCGAAUCACUGGGGCAAUCCAAAUGUGGAAUGUUAUCCCUGCGAGUGUGAUCAAAUAGGAUCAGCGAGCCAGCAAUGUAAUCGUGAGACUGGUGCCUGUGUUUGUCACAAAGGUAUUGGUGGUCACAAAUGUGAUCAAUGUGAUCGUAGUUACAUUGGUUUUGCACCAAAUUGCAGUCCCUGUGGCGAAUGUUUCGACAAUUGGGACAUGAUCCUCGAGGGUUUGAAGAAUAAAACAAAUUACGUUAUUGGUGAAGCGUCAAGAAUACAAAAAGUCGGAACCACUGGUGUUUAUAGUCAGGAAUUCGAUGAUAUGAUGUCUUCCAUUGAACAGGUGAAAACACUCAUUGGAAAUGCAUCAGUGAGAAGUCAAGAUCUCGAUGAACUUAAUAAAUUGGCAGAUGAUUUAAGUAAAAGUAUUUCCGAUUCUUCGGUGACUUUAGAGAAAGCUGAUGAUCUGUUGAAUAAUGUUAAGCAAAGGGUUAAUUUGAAUGAUGUUGCACUAAAGAAUUUGAAGAAUCGAACAAAUAAUCUUCAUGAGAAAGCUGUGAAUUUGAAGGAGAAUGCUACAUCUCUGCAGGAGGCAAAUGUUCAGGGUGCUUUGAAUGUCACACGAAUGAUGGCUGAACAAUCUAGACAGGCUGAAAAAAUGGCCAAUGAUACAACGAGUAUUUUGGAUGACGCCGAACGAUAUAAAAAACAUACGGAAUCAUUAAUUGCUAAAAAUAGCGAUGCUGUGGCUGAAGCACAUGAAAGAAAUAAGGAUGCACUUCAAAAAUUAGAUGAGAAGAUCAAUUCCUUUGGGCAGCUGAUGCCUGCUUUAAAUUUGAAUAUGUGUGGACAAAAUGUUUCUGAAUGUAGCAGCGUGUGCGGAGGAGCUGGAUGUGGUACAUGUGGAGGUCUUGCUUGUGAUGCUGGAGCUCUUACCAAAGCAAAUCAAGCAUUGGAUGUCGCUAAAAAACAAUCGGCCAGGAUCAAGAGUCACAGGGAUGAAGCUGAGCAACUGCUUCGAAACAUGAUUGAAGUGAAGAAUGACGCAACCUCUGCAAGAUCAAAUGCCCAAGAUGCCUUUAAUUUUGCAUCAGAUGCUCGCCAUCGUUCCGACGAGCUAAUGAAGAACAUAACUGAUCUAUCGGAUAAAAUUAGCAGCCUACUGGAUCAAACGGAGAAUAAUGAUCAUCCAACGCCAUCGCAGGUACGAACUCUCGCUCAACAAGUACUCGAGAAAAAUAUUCCUUUGAAACCCGAGGAAAUCACAGAACUAGCUGAUAAAAUCAAACACAUUGUCAGUUCACUUACAAAUCCUGAUAAAAUUCUCGAAGAGACACGAUAUGAUUUGGAACGAGCAACGAUAUUAGCAGCUCGUGCCGAACAUGCCAAAAAUGCUGCACUCGAAAAACAAAAUCUCGCAAGUAAAGUUAGUGAUCUAUUAAAUGAAGCCAAGGAAGCUCAAGAUCUCGCUGAAUCAGCCAUUACAAAAGCCAAUGAAGAUAUUACGCUAUCCGAAAAAGAUUUAACUGAAAUCAUUGAGGUAACUAGGGAUGCAAAAAAGAAAGCUGACAAUACAUCAAAAUCAGUUGACAGUCUAGAGGAGAGAUUGAAAAAAUUACAAACUCACGUUGGUAAAAAUGAAUUUAUCGUGAAACAAGAAAUUUCACACGAGGGAGCAAGAGUUGCAGAGGAUGCUAAAAUUGUUGAGAAUAAAACUAAUCAACUUGGUAGACAAUACAAAGAAGCGAGUGAUCUAUUGAAUGAUAGAGUUGACAAGAGCAAGGAGAAUAUUCAAAGAGCCAAGAGACUUUUGCAACAAGCUUCUGAGCUCACAGCCGAUACAUCGGCGAAAUUUAAAGAUCUUGAUGGAAUGGAAAGUGUCUACAAGGAUAAUGAGAGAAUUUUAAGUGGUCUUAUGGCAGACGUUGAUGCACUUACUGAAGAGAUGACACGUCAACUUGAAAGCAUUGAAUUAAAAUCUCAAGAAUACCGACAAUGUUCAACUUAGAAUCAAAUAAUUGUUUUUGAUAACAAGUAUACAGAUUUUUCAUCAAUAUAUAUAUAUAUAUAUAUAUAUAUAUAUAUAUAUAUAUAUAUAUAUAUAUAUAUAUAUAUAUAUAUAUAUAUAUACAAAAAAAAUUAUCUGAAAUAGUUUCUUUUCAAAAUUAAUCGAAUAGCUAAAUAUUUCUGUAAAAUACAAAAGAAAUUUUAACUAUUCCUGUGAAUCGUUUAGCUAUUUCAGAUAAAUCUCUUUUUGUAUAUUACAGAUUUGUUUCUCUGUAUUAAAGACGCUACAAUGGUGCCCAAACUUUUUGAUUAAUAUAUUUUUUAAUUGAAUCAAAAUAAUUAAAAAUUUUCAUGGAAAAUAGAAUUAUUAAAUUAUUUUUAAUUUUUAAUUUGAACAAUGCAAAAAUUUUAUGAUAAAAAGAAUCGAGAAAAUAAUAAUAAAUUAUUAUUUUUGAAAAAAAGAAAUGAUAAAAAUUUGAAUAUAUUUUUCUUGUUAAAUUUUCAAUUAUAGAAAAUUAUGUUAAUCAAAAAUAAAUGGGUUUUAAUAGUCAGAGAUUUUGUAAUAUAUGUAUAGGAUUAUUUGACGAGACUUUCUGCAAUAAUGUAAAUGUGAAGAGGUAGGCUCAUAUUUUUUUUUUAAGUUCAAAAAAUAUAAUGAAAGAGAAUUUUUUUUAAAUACUAGUUUUUAAUACUCAUAAUUAGUUAAUAGCGAAUUUUUAUUAUUUUUAGUUUUAGUAAUUUUUAAACCAAAAAUUAGAAACAUCAAUUAAAUUUGAAGUUUAGGAAUAGAAUUUUUCUUCUAAAUUUAAAAUUAAGAAAAAUGAUUGAAAAUUAGAAAAAUAAAACAAACUUAAAUCGAUAGGUUAAAUUUUUUAAUUUAAGAUACAAGAAAUCUUUUUUUUUUAAGUCUUAUUCUUCACAUUUACAAUUUCUCUAUCUUCUUAAUGACAAAAAAAGAUAUAAAUUUGCAAUUAAUUUUUAAACGAUUGCAAAAAUCUAUCAUUUUUUUCAAGCCCUCUGAUUUAAUUUUUAAAAAAAAUUUUCUGGCAAUUUGACGUACUUAUAAAAUACCAGUGAUGAAUUUACAAAUAAGAAACUGUAAAUCAAAUACACUGAUUAAGUGAUAAGAAUUCUUUUUUUUUAUAUAUAUAUAAUUUCAAAAAAUUCCGUUUCUUAUUAAUACUUUGAAAAUAAUAAAAGCAUUCCAAAUGAAUCUUCAAAAUUGAGUUUGGGACCAGUUGAAAAAAAGAAACAAAAAAAAAAUUCGUCUUUAUUCCGUGACUCUGACUUUCUUACAAGUGCCAUAUAUAAAUUUGGACCACCGUGUUCAAUAGCUUAAGAGGCAAAUUAUACUUUUUACUCGAACUGAACAAGAAUGUACAUAAAGAUAUUAUUAUAUAACAAUUCAUCAGAAUCAUAUCCAUAUCUUUUGCAGGAUGCCUUGUACUCUCUUAGAUAAUUAGUAAAGUAAGAAUAAUAAUAAUUUAAGAAUUAUUGAAUUUUAUAGAGAUUUUUUGCACAGAGAUUAAAAUGACCAGUAAAUAAACUUAAAAAAAAAUCGUAAAUCAAAUAUUUGAACCGCGUUUUGGUUCGUAUAUAUAUAUUUAAUAUACUUUGUUAUCAUUGUAAGCUAGAGAAUAUUUAGAAAAAUAAAGGAAAUUUAAAAAGAAAAA